UCUGUUCUCUAUUCCUUCCUCUUUGAACUUUCAAUUCUACUUGGCAUAGACUUGAGAGACUUGGAAAAAGCGAGAAAAGCGAUAAAGCGAGAAAAGCGAUAAAGCGAAAAAAGCGAGAACCAGAAAUGUCAGUACCCACCAUCAAGCUGCAGUCUUCGGAUGGGGUCAUCUUUCAGACGACCGUCCAGGCCGCCUCGCUCUCCAAAACCAUCAAGACUCUGCUGGAGAUCGCCGCCGUGGAGAACGACGAGGAUGACAUUGUGCCGCUGCCCAAUGUGGGCUCGUUCAUCCUUGACAAGAUUCUGGCCUGGGCUCAUCACCACAAGGACGACCCCCAGCUAACGUCGAAUGACGAGGAGAGCCAGGGGUGCUCCGAUGACAUCUCCCCCUGGGACGCCAACUUCAUGAAUGUCGAUCGAGGCACCUUGUUCGAGUUGAUCUUGGCUGCCAAUUAUCUGGAGAUCACGGACCUGAUGGAUCUCUCCUCCAAGACGGUGGCUAACAUGAUCAGGGGAAAGUCUACCGAGCAGAUCCGCCAGAUCUUAAACAUACGAAACGAGAGGUUGUCCGGCGCGGACGAGUGGGACGAGGACUUGUGAGGCGCAGUCCCUUCCGGAGCAAAGUCCAUUUGGGACACCUGCAGAAGAAGGAGUUGGGAACAUUUUGAUUACACCUAAAUAUAUACUGUCGCCAG